AAUGUCGGUCCAUCGCUGGAGGUCCCUGCAGAUGCAGAAGUUCUGGAAGCUGCGGGCAAAAUGCUCCUUCCUGCCGGUAUCGACGUCUACACCUAUCUGAGUGUCCAGGACUCUGCCGAUGAUCUGGCAACCGGCUGUAAGGCUGCCAUUGCUGGAGGCACCGCUACCGUAAUCGACGUAGUUUCUCCCAGGACAGGAGAAUCCCUGACCUCCUCCUUCUUCAGAGUCAAGGAGGGUCUUUCCUCGUCACUCUGUAACAUCGGGCUAUCGGUUCUCAUACAACAGUGGUCAGAUGCAGUACGGAAGGAGAUGGAGAAGCUCGUUUCUGAAGGCGUCAAUAGCUUCAUCGUCAAUGUCGAGGGUGACGAUGCUCUUUUUCAGGUACUGGAACAUUGUAGAACACUUGGUGUACAUGCUCGAGUUUUGCCUGAAAAUCGUACCAUCGUGCCUUAUCUGGAAAAGAAAAUGCUUGAUCUUGGAAUUACGGGACCCGAAGGCUUUUUACAAUCGAGGCCUGAGGAGGUGGGUGCUGGGUGA